CGUUAAAAGCUGUUUUGUAUAACCAAACGAAACUGUAAAACAUAACUGUUGUUGUUAUUAUUUAUUCAUUUACUAAACUACACUCUACUGUUCAUUUAUUCAACCAAAGCGAAAACAUGAAGAGUUUGAAGUACCGACUGAAAAAGCAUGAAGUUACCAUCACAAACACAGACUGGAAUAAGUAUGAUGACAGGCUGAUGAAGGCAGUGGAGAGGAGGGAGGUGGACAAGGUUGCUGCUGUGCUUGGCAAGAAAGGCAUCAUCCCCACCAAACUCGAUGUAGAGGGGCGCUCUGCGUUCCAUCUUGCUGCCACCAGAGGACAUCUUGACUGCCUGAAUCUUAUUCUUCAUCAUGGUGUGGAUGUCACAGCCACUGAUGCCACAGGAAAAAAUGCCUUACACCUGGCAGCUAGAAAUAGCCAGUCACUCUGCGUGCAGAAGCUACUCCAGCACAACUGCCCAGUGGGAAACGUGGACCUGCAGGGAAGAACAGCCCUGCAUGACGCUGUUAUGGCUGGCUGCUCCUCCAGUGUGAAGCUGCUCUGUGACAGUGGAGCAUCAGUUAAUGCCAGUGACUUUGAUGGUCGAACACCAUUGGUGCUUGCCACUCAAAUGUGUCACCCACACAUCUGUCAACUGCUUUUAGACCGAGGAAGUGACAUCACAGUCAGAGACAAACAGAAUAAGACAGCAUUGAUUCUGGGUUGUGAGUACGCGUGCAAAGACGCUGUGGAGGUUUUGUUGAAAAAUGCCGCUGAUGUUACUGCCAUAGACGGUUUUGGCUAUGACAGUUAUCACUAUGCAAGACUCAGCAAAAACCAGGAGCUUGUAUCUCUUGUCAAGAGUUACCUGGACAUUGCAACAAAAGCAAAAGAGGCUGCCAAGAUGGAACAGAAAAGGAGACAGGACCUGGAGAAACAGAAUGAGAGCCAACAGGAAACACUAAAGAAGUUCCACCAGGAGCAGAGAACACUGCUUGAUAAAGUUAACAUGCUUCAGCAGCAGCUCAGCCAGGAAAAGUCAACAGUGGAGGACAUUCACAAGGAGAGAGAACAGCUGAAGCUUUUACUUUCUGCCAAAGAGAAGGAGGAAGGAGCGAGGGCCAUGGAGACUGUGAGAGUCCAGCAACGGAGCCUUUUGGGAGAUUACCCAGGCCAGUCCGUCAUAAAAGGAAAAGAAAACAUGCUAGUUCGACAGUCACACAGCUUGGACUCUGCUCAGAUCUUGCAGCCUAGAGUACCAUCUCAAUCUGUGACUCGGCCUUUGGAGCUGUCACGUCCAAUAGCUGGGGAUCCCGAGACAUUACGUCAAGAGCUGGAAUCUGUCCGGAGACAGCAAGAAGCUGCACAAGUGGAGGUAGGCCAUCUUCAAAUGGCUCUAGCACGAAAGUCCCAGGAGUGCGAGGAGCUGACCAGAAGGUGCGACACCAUCAAGCGUGAGUCAGACCAGCAGGUACAUGAGCUGGAGGAAGCAAUGGGAGAUGUGCAGAAGAGAAUGUUAGACUCUGAGGCAAAGGUAAAACAGCUUCAGGCUCAUGUGGUGGCAGUAAAAGAACAUCUAAAUAACCAAGCUGUUGAAGAUCUCAAAGCACAGCUAACUGAGGUCAAGGCUAAGUAUGAGGGAGCAUCUGCUGAGGUAGGACGGGUCAGGAACCACCUGAAGCAGAGUGAGAAAGCCUUGGAAGAGUAUAAGAAAAGUGAGGGGCUACUGGCUGUGGAGGUUGAGAAGCUUACUACAGAGCUGAGUGAAAUGCAAGAAGAGCACAAGGACAUGGAAGAGACUAUGUUGAACAUGGAAGGUCAAGUGAAAAUGGCAGAGGUCAGGUUGGCCUCAAUGGUUCCAGGGGAGAAAUUUGACAACAUGAAGAACCUUCUCACCAAUGCUGUGGAUGAGAAAGAGCAACAGUUAGCAGAGCUAAGGGACGAUUAUGAUCGUGUGCUGGAAGAAGUUGCAGAGCUCCACCGUGCUAUGGAUGACCGGGAAUCUGUCCCCCUUCAAGAGCAUGAGCGAGUCCGAGCCACACUAGAGGAGCAGAGUGCAUCCCUAAAGAAGAAACUUGCUGAUGUUACUGCAAAGUGUCAGUCAUUAAUCUGCGAGUUGGAGGAAGGUGAGGAUGAGAGAGAGCUGCUCCGAGAGGAGCUGCAGGAACUCAGCAACAAUCUAAAGACCAAGUUUGUGGCCUUGGAAAACCACGAGGAAGUGAAGAGGUCUAUGGGACUGGCUGUGGAGGAGUUGAGAGUCAGGUUAGUGGAAGAGACUGAGAAGAGUAAACAGGCUGAGGUGCAGCUGCGAAGGUUGCAGGAGGAGAAGGCAUUUCUCUGUGAGAACAUCACCAGUCUAAGGAGCACAUCCAUCCCCUGUGAGCAGUAUGAGAGCGAGAUAGCUGCACUCUUGGGACAUAACGCAGAGCUGAAGAGUGGCCUUGAGAGCCUCCAUGAUAAAUACCAGGAGAAAGUGAAUGAACUUGAGAUAGCAGCAGCUGAAAAUGUAUCAUUAAAGACUGAGUAUGAGAGAGUGCAGACAGAGUUAGGUGAAGCUUUGCAGAAAGCAAAGAUCGAAAUUGCCAAGUUGGAGGAAGAUUGUAGAGUUCGGGAAGAGGAGUUGCAGAAGGUUAAAGAAGGAAAUGCUAUGUUGAAAGAGGAGUUUGCGAAUGUGCAGGCAAAGUUAGAAAAUGACUAUAUCAGCCUUGUGGAACACGAGGUGAUCAAAAGCAAAAUGAGCAAUGAUUUAUCAGAAGCAGAGGGAAGAGCCAGAGAUGCCUACUCAAAGUACCAGUCUGCCCGAGAGAAUGCCUCAAAGCUCCAUGAAGAAAUCGAAGCACAGAAGAAAGAGUUGGAUACUAUUCAAGAGGCUUUUCAGUCAAAGUUUGUGCCACUGGCUGUUGUGGAGGAAAAAGAGAUGAAUUUUAGCACUGCCCAAAGGGACUUGUCAGAUAAACUUGCCAAAAUGCUGGAGAUGUACAAUGAUGAAAAGACCAAAGGGGAAUGCCAGAGGCAAGAGAACGAAAAAUUUAAAGAAGAAGUGGCAUCUCUGCAGCAGAAACUAGAGGAUCACUACAAGGGCCAGUUGGAGGAACGGAGUCUGAAGUUGGUGGAAAUGGAGCAGCAAUAUAAAGAGGUUACAAUCCAACGAGCCGAGCUCGAAGAACAAAAUGCUUUGUGCAACACUGAGCUCCAGAGCCUCCAGAACAGACUGGACAAUGAGUAUAUCCAUCUGGAGCAAUUUGAGGCAAUGCAGCACGCUCUGAGUGGCAGACUGCAGGAGGCACAGAAGGAGUGUGAGGACUUCCGUGAAGCUCAUAGACUAGAGGUCCAGCGUGUUCAUGAUCUAGAGAAACGUCUCCAGAAUCACAGCUGUGAUGAUGUUCUAAAUGCCCAAUACAGUCAGGCUAAAGUGGCUCUGGAGCAUGAGGUCAAUGAGCUUCGCUUAGCACUGCAGGAGGAAGAGGAAACCAGUGCGCAGAGGGCUGAGGACGUAGCCACUCUGCAGACUGAGCUUCUCAGAGCCACACAUGCUCUGGAUAACCUCCGCAGCCAGGAGGGGCAAAUGACAGAGCUCAAAGCCGAAAAGCACAGGCUGGAGGAGGAGGUGCAUGAACUUGGCCACCGGCUAUCAGGGCUGGAUGAGCAAUAUGAGGAGCUGUACAGGGAAUCAGCCCAGGCCAGAGAGGGUGAAAAGAGAGCAAGAGCGGAAACCGAGGCCCAGCAGGUGAAGAGUGCCUCCAUUGAGAAGGAGAUCAGGGAUCUGAAAGAGAGAUACGACAAAUCGCUCGGCACCAUUGGAGAACUGCAGAAGAGGAUUCAAGCUUCCUCUGAGCAGACUGAGCUCAAAGACAAAAGGAUCGCAGAGCUUUUGGCAGAUGUUGAAAGGCUGAAACAGGCUCUUAAUGGCUUAUCCCAGUUGGCUUAUGCUGGCAACACGCCCAACAAGAGACAGACUCAACACAUUGACACACUCCAAGCCCAGGUCAAGAGCCUCCAGCAGCAGCUGGCUGACGCUGAGAGGCAACACAGAGAAGUGGUUUCAAUUUAUCGAACUCAUCUUCUUAGUGCUGCACAGGGUCACAUGGAUGAAGAUGUCCAGGCUGCCUUAUUGCAGAUCAUCCGAAUGAGACAGGGUUUUGUGUGUUGAACUCAACACGUUGACACUACACUGACUCUAAUUCAUCAUUCACACAGUAACCUUCAGUUCAGCUCAGUGCAGUUUGAUACUGCUCUGGACUGCUUUGGUCCAAAAGUUUGAAAUAUACUGAUUAGGUUUGAAGUAAUAGUGUUUAACUUUUAUAUAGGUUUGCACAGUGACAGUGCUUGCAAGAAGAGUUUCGCUAAAGCCUUAGUACUACAAACACAAACAAAAUUUUGUCAUUUUGAUCAGGGUAAACAUGAGAAACAAUAGAUAUUCAUUUAGAUUAUAUCACACAUAAACAGCUUAUUAGCUUAACUAUGUGAGCUAUAAUGGUGGUAAAGAGUGGUCUGAAUGUUCUUAUAAUUUGCUAAAAGGUCUUGAUUUAGUGGCCUAAGCUAAUGGCAUUGAGUAAUAUUGUAUGCUAUAUGGAUUUAAACUGCACACUCGGUGAUGGAGAAUCAUUUUCCUCAUUUUAUGUUGAAAUAACCUGGCUAUAGUCUUCUAAAGAUGGCGAAGAACAUUCCUUCACUCUACCCUCAUGGCCUCUGUUUUAGUCUCAUCCUCUAAGCUAUAAAUGCAGUGUUUUAAUGAGGGACUCUUCCCUUUUAGUGAGAUUUUAACCAAUACUGAUCUCAGACCAGCUUUAUUGUGUCCUCUCGUCUUCUGAGCUAAGAAUGCAGUGUAUUAAUGAGGGACUCUUCCCUUUAGUUAGAUUUUAACAAAUGCUGAUAUCAGACCAGUCUUAGUGUGUCCUCUGUUAAGGUUACAGUAAUGACUUGGUUAGAGGAAGCUGUUCUCAGAUCACUCUGGAAAAUGCUCUAAUAUACUGGUGGGUACAGAGAUUGUUCUUCGGCCAACUACGUUUUAUGAAAUGCCUGGACACUUUUUUUGCAUACUGUUUCAAUAUCCUGCAGUAUACAAAGAAUAACACUAGACUAUUAUUACAUUCAUAUAAGAGCAAUCUUGCACAGCUUUUAACCAAUACUGAUCUCAGACCAGCUUUAUUGUGUCCUCUCAUCUCAUCUUUGUUACCUUCACAAAUAUCAUUUGCACACACUUAUUGUGAGAGGGUCCCACAAUUCUAGUGGUCCACAGUCAUCAUGAAAGAUCACAGCAUAUCUUUGCAGCUUUACCAUAGUUUUGCUAAGAACCAUGUCUAUGUACUUUUAUGGCUUGUUUCAACUGCGUAAGAUGUAUUAGAGUCAGUCUGUGUCUACUGGGUUGGGUGAUAAAGAAUGGAUUUGUUCUUUGAAGUGUUUAGUAUAUGUUACAUUGCUUUGCAGUGAUAAGAGCCUGUAACCGUAGCCAUCACCGGUCACAUCUCAUGAAAUUGAAUAAGCAAAGCAUUUAACAUUAUUGAAGGCUCUUAAUUAUACUCUCUAUCUCGCAUUGUCCUCAUUAUCCUGGCUGAUAUUGCCAUCUAGUGGUGUGACUUGGCUGGCCAAGUUUGAUGUGUGGUUUUGUGUAGGAGAAUGUGAUGCAUUGGAAUUCUCCCUUUUGAUGCUUCCAGAAUCUGAUACAUCAAUAUUUUUUCAUGGCUUUGUACUACUUUUGAUUAAUGAACACCAUGUUUGUGGUUACUAUUACAAAACUCAGCAGGACUGGAGUAGAAUGGCACAAUACAAACUGUUCAGGUAUCAGAACAUGACUGUAGACUGACAGACUUUAUAUUUUGUAGACAUUUUGGUAACACUUUACAAUUACGUUCCAUUUGUUAACAUUAGUUUACUACAUUAGUUAACAUGAACUAACAAUGAACAAUACUUUUACAGCAUUUGUUAAUCUUGGUUCAUUUUAAUUAACAUACUAUAAAAUAUACUAUACAAAAUUGUAGUUGUUAACAUACGUUAAUGCACUAUGAACUAACAUAAACUAGCAAUUGUAUUUUUAUUAAAUAACAUUACCAGAGAUUAAUUGCUGUAAAAAAAUAUAUUUUGUUAAUUGUUUGUUCAUGAUACCUAAUGCAUUAACUAACUGAAUGGAACCUUAUUGUAAAGUGUUACCAACAAUUUUUUUUUUAAAUCUAUGUCGGACAAUUCUUGUUUCCUAUUGAUUUCGUAAUCAGAUAUUCUAACAUUUACAGCACUCACUGAGCUUCCAACCACAUGACUUUGCUAGUAUUGAUUAAUUUAUUUAAAAAAGCACUACCUAAUGCCAUUUGACUCGAGUGAUAACCGAUACUAUUGGUUCUUUCUGUCGGGGAUAACUAAUGUUACAGUUUCAUUAUUUAUUAGUAUUACAUUCUUACAGUGCUCAUAUGAUUUGGUUAGUUUGUGUUUUCCUACAUGGACAUAUCUCUCCUUUUUGUUUUGCAAAAUUUUGAGUCUAACAUCAAUAAAAGUGCCUCUUUUAGACU